AGAACCGACGGCUCCAAAAAACAAUAAACCAGAGAAAGCGCGCGACGACAGCACUAGCAAAAUGAUGGCUCCAAAAUGCGAUGACUCCAAAGAGACACGACACCAGAAAAACAACAGCCCCAAAAAAACGACGAUGCUAAGGAAAAAUGUGACCCAUGAACGAUAG